AUGAAGAACUAUCUUUCUGUCGGAGUCGCUGCCAUCUUGGCAUCACAAGCACUUGCCGGCGAUGAUGCAUGGCUGAGUCCUGUGUACAAGCAAAUCUUUCAAAACCGGCUCCCAAUCCCUCAAAACAAGGAGAAAUCAUUCACAUACACGAAUGCGACUACUGGUAACGAGAUUGACUUCUACGAGAUCGAUGUCAAACCCUAUACUCAGCAAAUAUACCCUGGACUGAAGCCAGCAAGACUUGUUGGGUAUGAUGGAACGUCACCAGGACCUACCUUUAGGAUGACAAGAGGCAGGGAGGCCGUCGUAAGAUUCAAGAACCACGGCGAUAAAGACCUCUCAGUGCAUCUCCAUGGGUCAUUCAGUCGAGCACCCUUCGAUGGCUGGGCUGAGGACACUACUAAGUAUGGUCAAUACAAGGAUUACUACUACCCCAACAAACAAGCUGGCCGCACACUGUGGUACCAUGACCAUGCUAUCUACCACACAGCAGAGAAUGCCUACUUCGGACAGGCCGGCUUCUAUAUUCUCAGAGACCCUGCGGAGGAUGCCUUGGAUCUUCCCUCUGGCUCAUAUGAUGUACCUCUUGCAUUGGCUUCAAAGCAGUACAACGCAGAUGGUACCCUUUUUGACCCUAAAGACGAGACUGUCUCGCUCUGGGGAGAUGUUAUUCAUGUCAACGGCAUGCCGUGGCCUUACAUGGACGUGGAGCCUCGCAAGUACCGCUUGCGAAUCCUGGAUACCUCUAUCAGCCGCGCAUUCAAGCUCACACUCGAAGAUGACGCAAGCAAGAAGCUUACCUUCAACGUCAUUGGCGCCGACACAGGGCUCAUGACGAAGCCUGUGCCAAGUGACAACCUCGAGAUCUCCAUGGCUGAACGUUGGGAGAUCGUUGUAGACUUCAGUGCCUAUGCUGGAAAGAACGUAACGAUGAAGAAUGCCCGUGACGUUCAGGCCGACGAAGACUACAACAGUACCAACAAGGUCAUGCGAUUUGUCGUCGGCAAGACCGUCUCCAGCCAAGCAGGAAACAAAGCCCUCCCAACGUCUCUGCGCACUGUACCCUUCCCACCAAAGAAGACUGGCAUUGACAAGAGUUUUAAAUUCGAGAGGAAGAACGGCCAAUGGACAGUCAACGGUGUCACUUUUGCCGAUGUCAACAACCGGAUCCUCGCUAAGCCCCAGCGUGGCGCAGUCGAAGUCUGGGAGCUUGAGAACUCUUCCGGUGGCUGGAGUCACCCCGUCCACAUCCACCUCGUCGAUUUCCAGAUCCUUACCCGUACUGGCGGCAAGCGAGGUGUUCUUCCCUACGAGAAGGAAGCGCUAAAGGAUGUUGUCCUGCUUGGCGAGAACGAGAAAGUCACAGUUAUCGCGCGCUACGCUCCUUACGACGGCGUCUACAUGUUCCACUGCCACAACCUGAUCCACGAAGACCACGACAUGAUGGCCGCUUUCAACGUCACCAGCCUCUCUGACUGGGGUUACCCAGAGACCACCAAGUUUCUUGACCCUAUGGAACAGAAGUACCGCUCCAAAGACAUCAACGACAACGACAACAAGAAGGAGACUAUCCUUGCCAAGCUAGCCGAAUUUGAGGCAAUGGAAGCCUACGUUGAUCCCGAGAAGAUGGAGGCGUCUCUCGCGCAGUACUGGAAUGACAAGGGCGGAAAAGGAACCAGCGGCAGUAGCGCACAGGCUGUUACUCGCCGGACUUCCAAGGCAACGAAUUCUAUUAGAAGGAAGAAGUACACAUGA